AUGCGCAAAUCCGAUAGACCAUCUGGUCUAACAUACCGUCGAGUACAAUCACUCGAAUCGGGUAUGGUAGCUAGAUACAGGCCUCUUAUAGCCAAUUUAAACAACAACAACAACAGCAACAACGAUACCACCAGCAAUACUGCUACCACUAACACCACGGUAACGACAACGAAUAAAAAGCGAGUUUCUGAUACCGCAAACACUGCAAAAGGAAAUUCUGCAACAAUUAAAGACAGACUAUUUUCACGUCAAGUUAAUCAACGUGGCAUAGAUCAACAAACACAACAGCAACAACAAAAUUUGUCUAUAACAAAGAAAAGUGGGGCAUCAUUUUCAUCAUCAGUCAAUGUAAACACGAAAUCUGGUUCCUUUGAGUGGAUAUCAUAUCUUAAAGAAGUUGACGCAGAACCUGUUCAGUCUUCUCUGUUUUUCCAUGUUCCCUUUGAAGUCCAGAUUCCAUCCCCAUCAAUUGUUCCAGCACAACAUGCAAUCCCUAAUGGAAAUUUUGAACCUGGUCAGUAUUUAGAAGGUAUUGAUCCACACAAUGAAAGUUUGAUUUGUGUUCUGUGCAUUGCAGAAUUGGUGGGCAGACGUGUUAAACUACAUUUUGUUGGUUAUCCAGAGAAAUAUGAUUUUUGGACAACAAUCGAUUCGCCAUUCUUAUUCCCUGUUGGUUGGUGUGCUCAUAACAGUCGUCAACUUCAACCGCCUAAGGAAUAUCUCGAUGCACCGACAUAUCAUCCAUUCAAUUGGACAAGUUAUUUAGCUAAACUUGGAGGCAAACCAGUACCUCGUCAUUUGUUCAGAGUAUCAUGGGAUUCUCCUAUUGAUGAGUCACCGUCUCAUAUGUUUGCCGUUGGAUUGAAACUGGAGGCCAUAGAUAAACGAAAUCCCGCCAUGGCUUGUGUAGCUACAAUCAAAGAUUGUAUUGGAGAUUAUGUUCUUAUACAUUUCGAUGGCUGGGAUUCAGGUUUUGAUCAAUGGGCUCAUGUAUCCUCUGAACGUUUACGUCCUGUUGGUUACUGUGAAAAUCAUGACCAAGUUUUAUCGAUACCCAGUGAUUGGAGUAAUCGUCGUAACGGGUUUAAUUGGAAGCUUUACUUAAAAGAGACAAAUUCAAAUCCUGUACCUAAAGAAGCAUUCGAUGAAGCUACAAAAUUUACCAAAUCAUCUCAACACUUCCAGGUUAACCAACGUCUAGAAGCUGUGGACAAACGGUGUCCAUCACUAAUUCGUGUUGCCAAUGUUGUAGACAACAUGCCACCAGGAUUUCUCACCCUUGGAUAUGAUGGUUGGUCUGAUAAAUACAAUAUACGCGUAGAGGUGGGAUCUCUUGAUUUAUUUCCUGUUGGAUAUUGUCAUGCCUCAGGACAUCCUCUACAAGUUCCACCAGGAUAUGAUUCUGAAUUAGAUUUAAAUGGCAAUCUAAUGGACACCUAUUCUAAUUCCUCUACAAGUUCUAUCACCAUCAGUUGCGGUGGUGGUGGUGGUGGCGCUGGCAGUGGUACUACAACAUCAACAACAAAUCCAUAUAGUGGAUGUCCAACACCUGGAUGUAAAGGUUAUGGAAAUAUUAAAGGACCAAGAUAUGUAUCGCACCAACGUCUUUCAGGUUGUCCUUAUGCUGAUGAUAAUUUAAAAAAAGAUUCUAUUAAAGCACAUGAACGCUUGAAUUCAACCAGUAUUAUACUAACAUCAAAUUCAUCUAUUUCUAUGGAUUCAGAAAAUAUUGAUUCUGCUAGUGCAACUAAUACUAUGACAACAAUAAAGUCACCGUCAGCUUCUAUUAGUACAAUAUCAUUACAGGAUCAUAAUUCAGGUCAUCAACGUCUUUCACCUGAUUCUACAGUGAAAAGUGAAUUAUCUUCUUCUACUUCUUCUUGUUCUCCUUCUUCUCCUAUAGCGACUAGUGUUACAUGUUCUUGUUCAGAGAUAAAAGUAUCAACUUCUGUAUGUUGUACUUCUGUAGCGACAGUACAAUUAACUAAUUGUAACACUAAUAGUAAUACUACAACAUUAUCUGAUUGUUGUUUUCCAACUGUGAUGAAUAAUCCUAAUUUAACGAGUAGUUCUGUUGUAACUGCACAGACUGCCAUUACAACAAUACCAACUACUACUAUGCCUCCUGUUACUCUUUCAUCAAAUGAACUCCUUCAUCAACGUCAAUCUAAUGCUGCUUUACCUUUGAAUUUAACAAUGGAUAAACUUCCAGAUAUAUCGGAAUUAUCGAAUGUAUUGUCUUCUUCUACAGACACUACUACUACUACUAUUACUACUACUGUAGGUGUCAACAAUAACUCUGCAUCUAAGUGUAAAAACUCAAAUCAAUCAGUUGAAAUGUUAGCAAAUCCUACAGUAUUAUCAAAUGAACAACCUUCAACUAAUAUUAUUGCAUCUAUAACUACAAAGCCAGAUGUGGAAAUGGUAAUUGAUUCAAUGCAACCACAAAAAUUAAGCAAAAUGGAUACGAAUACUAGUCUAGAAAACAUAUCAUCUUCAUCAUCACCUGUGAAUUUUUUACCUCAGACAACAGAUCAAUCUGAUGAAUAUAUAAUGAAAAGUCUUGUCUCCCCUGUACCACCAAUUAAACGUAAACGUGGUCGACCAAGAAAGUAUGCAUCAUCUGGACAAGUUCAUCAUCCUUCUUUACAACAUUCACGUCAUAUGCAUCAUUUCACUUCACUGGGAUCUACUGGACGAUAUUCUUAUGUGACCAGUCAGUAUUAUACACGUUCUUCGUCAACAAUUCCUAUGUCAACAGUAUCUCUUACGCCUGCAUUAUCUCCUCUCUGUAGUAAUAUGAAUAUGACAGUGAAUUCUCACCAAUCCAUAGUUGACUGUCAAAAUGUUAAUAGUCUACUCACGCAUAACUUAGAAACUAAUAAUAACAAUAAUUCUAAAAACACUGAUGUAUUUAGGUCGGCUACAUGCAGUUCAGAGCCAAGUCCAUCAGACAGUAUUUUAACCAAUGCAUGUGUAAGUUCCAGUAUGAAUUACAUGGAAAUAGAUCGAAUGAAACCAUCAGGUUAUGAGAUUAUUGGACAGUCUUCUUCUUCUUCUAUAUUUCCUGUAAUGAAUGAUUCAACGGUUGGUUGUUCUCCUGGGAAUGCAAAGUUAACUCAGGAAAUAACUCCUGUUGACCUGUACUCGAAUCCUUCUCCUCGUCUGAGAGUUAUAAACUCCUCACCAGGUAUGAAUGGUAAUCCAUCAAACAACAACAACAAUAGCAAACAUUUUCUUCCUUCACAGUCUAUGAUGACGAUGGAAACAUCAAAUCCUGCAUGGUAUCCUGAUGCUGCCAUCAACAAUAGAUCAUUUAUACCUCAAAUAUGUCAUAAUCCUCUCCUCUCUUCUCCCUUCUAUAUUGAUCCAAACAGAUCAACGUGUUUCUUACCCAUUUUCGAAGCGUCUGCUUCAUCAUCGAAUUAUAUGAAUACUCCAGGAAAUAGUUUCAAUUCGCCUAGCGUGCGAGAUGUUGAUUUAAUAAUGGGUAGAUUAUUACCUCAGGCAGGAGCAGCAAUUCAUGCAGCUAAAGUUGCUGGUCUCUCUGGACCGCAUUCGUGGAAUCCAAAUGUUGUAGCUAGUUUCAUUGCUACACUACCUGGAUGUAAACAGCUCGCGUGUAAAUUCAUUGAGAAUGAAAUUGAUGGAGCUGCCCUACUCUGUCUUGAACAACACGAUCUAAUGAAUGUACUCGGCAUGAAAUUAGGUCCUGCUGUCAAGAUUUACACUGCAAUUCAAACCUUGCGUAAAAGUCUUCUAGCUACACCGAUAUCAGAACUUGGUGCAGAACACGCGAAUGCAAUCGCUGCAGUUGUAUCCUGUUUCACGAACAACAACAACAACAACACGAGCUUAUCUUCAUCACAAAUUGGUUCUAGUGGUGGUGGUGGUGGUGGUGGUGCUGGUGUCAGUCUAUCGGUAAUCAGUGAUUCACAGUCCGUGAUCAACAGAUCUAGUGUAGAUACUUCAUUAUCUAAUACUUGA